AUGUCCCGCCAGCCUACGUUGAGAGAUGUGCUAGACACGUUUUUAACCGGUGGUCGCACCGAAAACCAGUCGUCCAUAAUCAGCGAGUAUCUGGAAAGUCUGAGGCAGCAGGAACAUAGCCCGGAAAUGAUGGAGGCGUUGGUGAGAGCAAUACUGGACCCCAAUGGAGCGCCGCUACACGACGAGAACAAAGGCAUAGACGACGAUCUACUGGACACAUUCGAAAGAGUCAAAAUCUCCAGCAUUCCAAAGGACAAAUGCUGUCCGAUCUGCACCAACGAGUUCCACCAGGAAGAAUAUCCGUUGAUAGUGCAGCUGCCAUGCAAUCCUAAGCAUUAUUUUGAUCUCGACUGCAUCGGGCCUUGGCUGAAGCUCAAUAGGACGUGUCCCCUAUGCAGAGUGGACGUUACGCAGAAAAAGAAGAUUGAGAUCUCCGAUAGCGAGGAGGAACAGGAUCUCAUGUACGGCUAA